AUGGACCACGGCACGCGCGCGUGGGAGCCCGGGGACUUCUUCGAGUUCCCGAACGUGGACCCGCCGCUGGAGACGAUCGAACCCGGGCUGCACUGCCUCCUCUUCGGCCCCGCCGCGGCGGAGACGCGCACGCUGCUGAUGCAGCGCGCGCUCGCGCACGCUCGAAGGGAUCUCGACGCGCGAGUGCUCUACGUGUGCGACCGCGACGCGUGCGAGAACGCGCCGCCGUUGCUCCCGCGCGUUUGCGCGGACGCCGAGCCCGCGUCGCGCGUCCACAUGAAGUACGUCUCCACGGACGCGGAGCUCCGGAAGCUCGCGAGCUCGCUGCAUCUGUUGCCGCCGUCCGAGCUCCCGUCGCUCCUGAUCGUGGACGACUUCGGCGGGUUCUUCCCGGGCGUGCGGUGGACGUCCAACAACGCGCCGGGCGAGGGCGGCGGCGGAUACGGCGGAUACGGCGGCGGCGGCGGCGCGCACCAGCACAUGAACCCGCACGAGCGGCGCGAGCGCGAGAUGACCGCCGCGCGCACGCUCGCGUCGUUGCGCGCGUGCGCGGACGCCGUCGUUCGACCGGGCGGCGGCGCGGAGACGUCGACGUGCGCGCUGCUCGUGUCGGAGACGACGGACAAAGACGGCGAGUGCCCGAGCAUGAUGUACCUGUUCAGGCGAUGGUUCCAGUGCGUCGUGGUCGCGACCGGGGUCGGGGUCGGAGGAGGGACGGGAGGGGGCGCGGGACCCGGGGGCGGAGGGGACGACGGGAAUACGUUUACGCUGCGGCGGUGGCCGAUCCGCCGCGGGAGGGCGAACGACGACGGGGGGGUGCGGUACGUCGUGGACAAAGCCGGCGCCGCGCUCGUGCCGGACGGGUACGCGUGA